AUGGCGCUCGAAUCAAAUCACAUAUACCAAUACUCCCUCCUCAAUGCCCUGAUGGCGGGGUCUCCUCAUCCGGCAUCCCCGUUUCCACCUGGCAACCAAGGCCUCGGCACCUUCGUCCUCAUGAACGGAGAACUCCUCCUCUUAGACGGGACAUGCUACCAACUCCUCGCCGAAGGAAAAAUCCGCAUCGCCUCACCCGACGACCAAGUCCCCUACUGCGCCGUCACGCAAUUCGUGCCCGAACACACGUUCCCGCAUAUCACCCUGUCACAAAAGUCCAGCAUCGAUUCCAUCCUCUCAGACUGGAACGCGCACUCCAAGAACCUGUUUAUCUCUUACCGCAUCAUCGGUUCUUUCGCGGCGUUGAAAUGCAGGACUGUGAAAGGACAGGAGUAUGAAGGGCAGCCGCUGUCGGAACUGGGACAGAGCCAGUUUGUUGCUGAGUAUAAGGAUGUGAGGGGGACGGUUAUUGGGUUUCGCAGUCCGGAGUCUUGGCAGGGGUUUAGUGUUGCGGGGGAGCAUAUGCAUUUUAUUGAUGAGGAGAAGAGGUUUGGGGGUCAUGUUUUGGAGUUGCGGGAUGGGGUGGUGGAGAUGCAGGUUGCUGUUGUGGCAAAUGUGCAUAUUGAGUUACCGACUAGUGAGAGGUUUAAUGAUGUUACGCUGAAGACGGAUGAUGAGGGUGUGAAGAAAGUAGAAGGGUGA